AUGAGCAACGGCUCCAUACCCUCCCCUCCUCAGAGGGAUGUGAUUCUAGAUGUCUAUGAUGAUCAGGUCAAUGCUAUUAAGAAAUUGACUCCAUGGGGCGCCGCAGGCAUCUACAUCAAGACAGAGAAAACCGCCGAAAACUGCAUGAACCUCUUUUCACAGGAGCUACCGCUCUACAAGGAUCACCUCUCAGCCGACACGUUUGACGCACUAGAGAAAACAAAACUGCGAGUAUCAACGGCACGAGACUCUCUUGUCUCGAAGUUAAAACGUGCGCGUGAAGUCACUGGGGAGCCAUUCUGGAAGAAACCCAUCCUGGUUGUAACGAGAUCUCGCGACGAAAUCCACGCAUAUCGUGAGCUCACAGAAACGUUUCGGGAGGUGUUGAUGACGGCAUCGCGCGAAGCAAGGGACAAACACCGCCGUGCAGAGGUGUUUGCUGCUGUAGUCCAUGAAGAAGAUAUGGAACGCAAUCACAUCGUCACAGAGAUGCACGAGAGCCGUAACCGCAACAAAACAUCUCAAAGUUCGGAUCGGCAGGAAAACAUUGACAUUCCAUCGAAUGGGACUUCGCCGACGAGAUAUGACCUAGCUGCGAUUUACAACAGCAAAACAGGGCAGUACACCGACUGCAACGGGAAUCCUUUAUUGCACGCGCCCGGAGCAGAACCGGUGAGGAAUGCUAUCAUUCAGGCAUGCAGUCAGCAUUUGGCUCGCGAGGAGGCGUUAUUGCAGUCCGAUACAAAAAUGGGUACGUUACCGAAGGAGGACGUAGCGUCGCCGAUGCCUCGCCGGGAGGAGAUCCAUCUCAUAACGAUAUGUCCGCGCUUGAAUCUGAGGACCGAGACGAUGCAGAUUCUAUAA